AUGCCACAGUUGUUCCUUUUCAAAGGAGUCCAUCGAACUCUGCAGACUGCUUUGAUCCAUGCGUGUAAACGUCAGCCUGCAGAUCUACUGGCACUUCUUUCACAUUCAACGCCCAUAUCUAAAAAAGACCUUCGAUCGGCCCUCGAGCGACUAGAAGAUUUUUACCCGACAAAAGAUAUUUGCAUUCAGUUGCAUCAAACUCUGAAUUCACAGCCCGUUGAUGGGGCGUUUUGGUCAAAAUUCUUACUGGUCUCAGAUGAGCUCAAACGCCCUCUACUAUCCCGAGGUGUGUUAGACUUCGUUCUGACCACCCCCGACUCGCACAACAUCGCGACGAUAAUGCAAACCCUCAGGUCCCUGGUAUCAUAUAAACAGUUCGAAGAAUUCCAUUCCUUAUUCGACACGCUUGUUCAAAGGCUAACCGAUGCACAGAAGAAAGCUUUCUCCGAUGAACUCGUCGAACUUCUGGCCAACACGCCCUACUGGAACGAAGCGCUUGAGUUUCUUCCAUCAUGUUCACGUCCACGUGGCAUUCGAAAUUUGUCCGAAGGUGCUAUUCAGUUUGGUUCUUUUGACGAUGCAUUCCGUUUACUGGACAACUUGAAUGCUUAUCACGAAGCUCCCAGUGAUAGAUUUUUCAGCCUGUUUUUCGAUCGACUCGGUGACAUUAACGAUUUAAAACACGUAGAUCGUCUGUUUUCUGUUCUUCACGAGAAGAUCUGGGUCGUUUCAGACCAGACUGCAAGAGUGAUCAGCUCCUGGUUUAACAGUCGCGUCCCGUCGGCCUACCAAGCACAGAUGGAGGAUGUUCAGAUUUCGGGAACGACAUGCUCCCAUUGCAAAUCAAAACUGCCUGCUUUCCUGAUCGACGAAGAGGAUUUGAAACGAAUGGCAGAUGAGUUUUAUCAGAGCGCUUUCAAGGGAACACGUCAAGAACAUUUAUACCUGACAACAACACCCAAGGAACUAAGCACUCUAGACAAGUUUUUGAACGAACAAACGAUGCCUUUCGAUUGCGUUAUCGACAUCAUGAAUGUCAUACACAUUAUGGAUGCGGCGUUUGUCCCAGAGAAAGCCCAUCGGCUGGUCUGUGAGCCUGAAUUUCCUUCCAUUACGAAUGUGCUCAUCAGUUGCUCAUAUCCUUCAUCUUCUUUUCUUUCAGGUAUUGCGGAAUUUGAACAGGCGAUUCGGUUUCCACCGAUUCUGUUUGGUUGGAAAGGGAACGAGGGUCGUGGGGAACAAGACCUUUUGGAGGGCCGUGAAAACGCUGGGGAACCAGCUUGGCAUAUCUGUGUUCACUUUCAUCACAGACCAAAGGAGGACGGUGGCCCCAUGGUGAGGGACACAGUUCUUUUUGAGACAACCGUUUGGCAUUUGUGUAAUCUCCAAACGACAGAUAUAUCACAUCUGAACUCCAUUACCCCAUUUCCGGUUUCCAGAAGCGACGAUGAUAUUUUCAUGCUGUAUAUUGCCCUCUGGUCGGGACCACGCUGCCACCUGGUUUCGAAUGACGAGUUCAAACAACACAGAUUUACUGUGGGUUUCGAUUUAGGAAUGCGGAUAUCUCAGUGGCAGGCGACUCGUCAGAUUGCCUUAAACUGCCAGCAGCGUCGACAACUGCUUUUG